AUUUAGAUGGACAGAUACAUGCAUAUUAUAAACUUGUAUCAUCCUGAAUUACUGACUUUCCAGCCAAAUAUACAGAGAGCAUGUUAUGUUAUAAGAUGACAUAUUGCUAUUAUUCAGCAGUUGAUAUUCUUCAGCAACUUGAGUGUGAAGAAAUUUGCAGGAUCAUAGUCCUCUUCUGAGCUACACACAGCUCUCAUGACUGGGAAGAAAGGCUAUGUAUGUGCCCAAGGCCAUCCCAGUCCUCUAGGCUGUGCUGAUUAAAGGGAGCCAUGCUAACCAUGACAGUGAGCCUUUCGCAGAGCGCAUCCCCUGACUAUUCUGGAAUUCAUUUCUAAACUCCAAACCAAACUAGGACAUUACAAAGAAAUUAUAUUCCACAAAAUAUCACAAGAACCAAACUAGGAAUUGAUCCAUUGAUCCAUACAUGUGUACCCUUCUUCACAUUCAAGGUUGUGCCAGGGGCACCUACCUGCCUGAGUCAUUCUGGCUCACGUAUUUCUGCAUUGCUCCACAUUGCAGGGUACAGGUUGCUCUUAGCCUCUUCACAUAAGAUAGGUUCUCCAAAUCCCUGAUCAUCACAGAAACCUUCUUUUCACUUGUUGGCUUAAUCUUUUUUGAACAUGGGUGACUAGAAUGAAAUACUGUAUUUCAGGUGACUUUUCACCACUAUUUCAAUGUAAUGGCAUUUAUAUUUCUCUAUCCCUUAAUGAUCUCACCUGACUAACGUAAGUUAUUUUGAUGCUCUGGUGUGUUUUUACAAAUUUUACUUAAUCAGUGGAAAGGCAGAUAUCAAACACACCUGGCUUUGACUAAAACAGAAGAACUCUAUUUCAUGGGCAAACUUGAGCUCCCUUGUAUCUUGCUUAGGCUUGCAUGUGUCAGCAGUUGAAGAUCAAGCUAGCUUUUAUACCUGCAGAUUAUUACAGCUGAGGAAAAUAUCCCACCAGAUUUCAGAUGAGUCUUUUUAGGGUUUCCAGACAUUCAGAUUUAAUGGGAAAAAUAUAUUAGCAAUAAAAAAAAAUCAAAAGCAUUUCCUCUUGUCUGCAGAAAAUACAAAAAUGCCCCAAGCACUAUAUGCUGUGACACGUCAACCAUAUAUAGCAUCUUCCAAUGGGAAUGGCUUCCUAUCACGCAUAGGAAAAAGCUCAUCUUCUUUAACACAUUUCCUUAGUGACUCUCUUAAAAAGUCAGCUCCAGUCGCUAUACAUACUCCAACACUUUACCAAGCAGAGGGAAAGGAAUCAAGAGGGAAUAAAUAAAGGUAAGUGUCAGUCAGGCAUCUCACCAACUCUUCCUUUUUGCAUUUUUGCCACAGUUCUUAUUUCUAUUUUAUUUUGAAUUUUUUGAUGUCUAUAUAUUAAAUCAGAAGAGAUCAUCUUUUCUAUAGAUAUUACUUAACUUUUUUUCAGUCAGAUGACAUAGUCUGUCCUUUUGUCUACUUUGAAAAAUAACAGACAAGUAUCUCGAUUGAGACCAAAGAUAUUCAGACUAACUUCUUGCUAACAAAGACAUAGGAGAUUGUUAAGAUUAAUAUUUCAGCUUCUCUGUGCUGUUUAUAAUUUCAUGUAGCAUUAAUUCAAUUUAAAAUAUAGGAAUGUAGUAUUUAGAUCAGAAAUCUAAAACUAACUUUAUUUUGAAAAGCUAAUUACAUAUUUUUUGUAAGUAAAUUGAGGCAAAUUAAUUUAAAACAAAAUCAAUCAAUUUCUCCUACAAUUUUAAUCUUUAUUAAAUGAAAAUUCCUAGAGAAAAAAAAUAGUCUCAGCUUAUUUUAAGUUUUUAAAAGGAAAACCUUUUUUUUUUCAGUUCUAAAAUAUCUCUACACUUGAAAACAUUAUUUUGAAGAAUUUUUUUUCCCAAAUUCCAUUCUAUAUUAGUAUAAUCUAAGCUCCUUAUCGCCUUUAGUAUGUAAAAACCUCUUUUACUCUGCAUUUGUUGUUGUUAAUAGGCCUGUCCUACCUGCUUGCUAUUUCUCAGGCUUUGUCCAGUCCAAUUUUAAAAUCAUACUCGAUGUGCUUCUAACGUUUGCCUGCAAACAGUUAUAUAACUGUUUUCACUUUCUUCAGUUAAAAAGGAAUUUUCUUUAAGUGUAUAGUGUAUAAAACCCCAACACUUUUUUCAGGUUCUGCCAUUGUCCCAGUAGUAUCCAAGGCAAUAUACAGUCAGCUGAAGCAUGAACAAGACAGAAUUCAUCAGUGUUGCAGGAUUUGCCAUAUCAUUGCUGUUCCACAUGACCCAAACUGAAGUCUGUCCUUCAUCCUGCAAUUGUAAGUCACUGGGUGAAAUGAAGGGCUUGCACAUAGACUGCAGUUCAAGGAAGCUAACGGAAGUGCCUGCCUUGCCUGUUAACACCAAGAGGCUUUAUCUACAGAACAACAGCCUGACCUUGGUUCCUCCCGGUGCCCUGGACAGCUUGCGCAGCCUGGAGGAAGUGAAAAUAUUUGACAAUCCUUGGAACUGUGACUGUCAUAUUCUGUAUCUAAAACUCUGGUUAGAAGACGUCUCUGCACCCUCUCUUGCAAACAUCAGAUGUGCAACCCCAGCACCCUUGAAGAAGAAGCGCUUGAGCCAGCUGACUGGGAAUGAGCUGGGGAUUUGUAAGAGGCUUCUCCCAAUCAAGUGUCUUGAGUUCUUUUGGCGAGACCUCAUUUUAAUUGCUGGAGCAAUAACUACACUUAUUUUAGUAGCAUGGGCUCUGAAAUUCUCAAAAAAGCUGGUCUGCCAAAUAAACCUAAGCCAAUAUGACUCUAGGGGCUGACCGUUGGGGAGGCAUACCUCCAAAAACCACAAGAUACAAUGAGCUGUUCACUACCACUAGCUUGAACAGAAACGUUAAACUAUUCUACCACAAAAAAGCACAUGCACUGACAACACUAGUUUUAAUGGUGAACAUGCUACAAACAGAUCCCAGGGCUCAAAGUCUGGGUCUUCAGACUUCUAAAUUUUUUAAAAUCAUUUAACUUAGCAUUUUUCCACUGAAUUCUCAGCUCUUAUAGCAAGAAGAUUUACAUCCCCAAAUCCUACACUUUUUAAUAGAUGGAGAUGAACACUGAUUGUACUAUUUUAGCAAUUCUUUUCUCACUCAGAAGCUGUGUGAGUUUGCAACCUGUUACCCCCUCACAGUGUCCCAACGGUAGGACCAUUCUUGGGUGCAAACAAAUUCAGCCAUCUCUUCCUCAGGUGCAGGAGUUUCCUGCCAGCAAAACCACUAUGAUUAUAUAGGCCAGCCACUGAAUGUAUCCCUUAUUGAAUAUGUUUAAAGAUGGACUGGUAAUGAGAAUAUAAUCAGUAAAAAUAAUUUUAAAUAUUGUUGAAUUUCCUACAGAGUGAACAAUAAAAAAGCAUUCUAUGUGAAACUGAAAUAAUGGAUGCUUAUUGAUGCUUAUUAUUCAUACUCACCCAAGUUUAAUGUCUUUCACAAUUCUACACAUUUCCCAUUAAAAUCCUAAGAAAUUUCCAGAACUUGUCUUUCAGUUUUACUACUGACGUUUGAUACACCGGAUUUUAUGCAACAGCUUUGAAGAGGAUGUACUCUCUUCCCUUCUCUUCUAGUGCCCCCCAUCCUCAUAGAAAUAUUGUUGUAGUGACUCAAGCAUAUUGUUUUCCCCUUAACCUGAUUAUUCACAAGACUCCAAGAACAGCAAUUCAUGCUGUGACCCCAUCUGGUCUGGUGAAGUUAGGCUAGUUAGAUGGAAGAUCUCUGAAGGUCUUCUAAAAUUAAUACUACUGUUGGCAGUUCAAUUUAAGACGCAUUUUGCAAAUGCUCCUCCUAGCCCCAAACUUGAGCUAGGUAUUAGAGGUAUGCUGAAAACACCAAAGACUGCUUGGCUCUUUACCUAGCACCUUGUCACAUGAGAGGGGUUCCUUAUGAAAGCACAUAAUAUCCCUAGCAAACCUGGUGGUUAGCUUUCGUCUGACAGGUGGUUUUGCAAUUACCAUGUGCUGUCACUUCUAUAAGACGAGACUCAUUCCUAGCCACAAACACCCAAAUCAAAGACAGCAGUUCACAGGGAUAUUUCCAGGUCCCUCUUGCCCCUGCCAAACCACUUCAGCAAUAUGGAGUCAAACUGUCAGUGCUGACAGCUGGUGACAUCCUCAGACAGUUUUAGAAGAGACAUGUUACUGUCUGUAACAUAUCUUCACUGUUGGUCCUCUCUCUCCUGCACUAGCAGGGAAAGGCCAAUCUGAGACAUCACCACUUGUCAACCUAAAUUGAUUCCAAUUCAGGAUGAGUCACUUGCCC